CAGUAAUCCAACUUCCCGUUUACAUCACGUCACCACAGCCCUUUCCGUUCCAAGCCUUUUCUCCCUCCGCUCGCUCUCUUUUCUACUUUUCGGUCCACGUGCAGAUUUCUUAGAUUUUAGCACCAAAAACACCGCAAGAACAGUUUGGACCAAAUGGCGUCGUCAUUCGAACAGAUGAGAGCCAACGUGGGAAAGCUCUUACGAGGAAUUGAUAGGUAUGGAAAUUUGUUUGACAAAUAUUAGCUUAGCUAGCCCAUUCAGUUUGCUAGCUAGCUGCUGCUACGUAAUGCUAGCUAAGUUUGAUUGUUUGAAAGUAUGCAGAAAGUUACAGUUAACGUAGCUGUUGGAAUAAUUUAUUAGACAUAUCCAACAUUAACGACGUGCACGUUUGACAAACCUUUGGUUGACCUAAUAUGACUUGUAAGCGAACGUUAACUAGCUAGCUAGGUACACCGGCUUGUACCGGUAAACUGUAAGCUAACGUUAGUUAGCGAGCACAACAACAUCCUUUGACAGCUGGUUGGUUAUGAUGCAGAUUGAUUGGGUCUCUGCAUGUUUUUGCACAACUUGUUGUGUGUUGUAGUUUAAGUAACGUUAGUUAACUAGCUGUGUCGGCUAUCUGUUGAAUCCAUGCCCUUGAUGUUAUUUUGUUAAUGAUCUCUUUCAGAUACAACCCAGAGAACCUUUCAACACUGGAACGCUACGUGGAAACACAAGUUAAAGAAAAUGCCUACGACCUAGAGGCCAAUUUGGCUAUCCUCAAAUUGUGAGUCACCCUACCUCAGACUGUCUGUUGACUACUAUCACGUUUGUAAGGCCUGUAAAAAAUGGAUAACAUAUGUAGUUCCAUUUGCCUGUUGGGUGGCAAGCAGCCCUUGAUCAUGACUCAGUUCAGUUACAUUACACAUAAGAGUCAUUGGACAAAGGCUUCUUCUGUACAGGGGAGUUUUGUUAAGAGCCCCUGCGCUCAGUCUGAAAAUGAACAGCGAAGCAUAAGGACCUUUAUCAUAUCAACGAGAAAUCAUUUUCAAAAGCAAAAGGUUAAAUUGAUACACACCUUGAUAGGGUUAGUGUUCCCACACGACCAUAUCUCCAUGUUACAUUGCGUGUUUACGUAAGACAGAAGUUGACCACCUGUACUAAUUAGCUAUCUCGUAGUGACGGUUCACUGAUAAUCAUUGGUCGCCGGUUCAAAUGUUUAAGAUGCGAGUGCAUUAUUUAGUUAUUAUUUUUCUGCCAUAUUCCGAAAAUACCUCCAAUCUGUUGUGACUGAAUUGAUGCGCCCUCUCCUUCAGCCUAUCAAACUGUUAUACAUGACAUUGAUCUACAAGUCAGAUAACAACUGUGCACAGUGCGGGAAACGCAGCUGCUCGCACCAAUGAGAGGUAGGUCUACCCUGUGCUAAUAUUCGUAGGCUACAUCUCCGAGUCACCUUCAGCGUUCAGAUGUUUGUAAAAUGGCUUUCGCAAUAUUAAAUCAUAGGCUUUAUUAAUUAGACAACUAAUGUAAUUUGCUGGGUCAUUGUUACCAAAUGCUCUGUAGAAAAUUGUGUUUUACUGGUGGAACUGUGUAGGCUACUGGAGUGGACACAACUGAUCACACAUCUAACUGCUGAUUGGGGCUUUUCGAUUGGCAGGUUCACCGUACUAAAUAUUUAAACAGUCAGUGCAUUCGGUAAUUUUUACAUGAACAGUGGUAGAUGCUCGAUCUGCCAAAUAGCUCCGCUCACACACUACAUCAUUCACACACACAGGGCCACUCAGAGAAGUCAGGUCAGACAGAUCCAGCUCCUGAGCUCCAUCAGUAUUAGAUAUGGAUUUAGAAUGGAAAAUGUGUUCAUACAACAAUUGUUAGUGCAUCGCUUCCCGUUCCACUAAUCAAAUCGAAACACACAGAAUUGUUUCAAACUAAAAGUAUCGUUCCUGUAUCGCGUUGGAGCCCAUGUGUAUUGAAUCAUGCUUGUAAGGAGAGAUGCACAUCUCUACUAUCUAGCAUGCUCCGAACACCUGUGUGUAACUGAAGAAGGUCGCCAGAAACGUUUUGUAACUGAAAAAUAAAGUCUGCUUCAACUGUGAUAAAGACUGUUAAAACAGUGUACAGUAAGUGUAUAUUUUGCAUUUGUGAAAUUAUUUUGAUGUGAUAUGAAGGUAAAGGGCUUAAUGUUUCUAGAACCGUAUCGCAAUUGAGAACUGAUUCACAUGUAGAUGGAGUUUUUGGCUGCCAGAGCCAUUCUACCUCUGAAAAUAACAUAAGGUCCUUGGACCUUAAGGUGUACAUUCUCGGGCAAGCAGAACACCACUCAUGGCUAUAUCAGUAACAGAGAUGCUGUUCUUGUUCCUUAAGGUACCAGUUCAACCCUGCCUACUUCCAGGUCACAGUGACGUCGCAGAUUCUGCUCAAGGCCCUGACCAACCUACCACACACAGACUUUACUCUGUGCAAGUGCAUGAUUGACCAGACACACGUAUCCUUUUGUUGCUCAGUAUAAUCUAGUAGUAUAAUCCUGCAACAAUUGCAAUUUGUCCACUUCUGUACUCCCUGUCAACCAAAACAGUGACAAUAAUUUGUUCAAAAACACUGAUAAUCAUUUAGGCUUGGGCGGUAUACUGUAUUCCGGGGUAUUUGGAAAUGGCCACAGGAUGGUUUUUCAAUACCGUUGGAAAUAUGUAUUCAAUGUUUUUUUUAUUUAAUUUUUUUAUUUGUAGCUACUUUUUAAGUAAAUACCUGCAGUCAACUUGUACAAUAUGUUAGAAGAUAAAGAAGAUUGUGUUCUUAAUUUCACCUGUCAAAUUUUUUCAUUAUGACGCUUACUGGUAGUCCCCAGUCACGUGGUGUUUGUUUUACAAUUACACAACGAUGAGAGACAAGAGACCGGAGUCUUGUGAGUCACUCACUGUUGUGCAGCAUGCGCCAGGUGAUCUAGUUACAGUAUGGAAUUCACAACUAUAUGUUUGCCAGCUAGAUAUCUUAUAACUAUUAAGUUAACUGACUAAAAUGUGCUAAAUGCUCUGCAGUUGUGCAUUUGGUUUGCUAAUUUGGUAGCUAGUUAGCUAUCUAGCUAAGUAGUUAGCUUCUUCCAAAAUCAAACUUUGUUUAGUAACAGCAGAUAAUCCACUCCUGGAUCAAGAGCCUUGCUGUCUUAUAUUUGUUUUGUGCUCGCAGCAAACUGUGAGUAGCAUUUUUUUUGUUGUUGCUUGUAUAACUUUAUGAGCUGGGAUGUCUGUCCUGCAAAUACUUUAGAUCAGAGACUGUAUAAAAUGUUUGCAAAGUACUCGUUAACAUUUAGUUAGCAUUCUCUAUGGGAUUUUACAUGUACUUGUUAGCAUUGCUAACCUUUGGAUUACAAUGGCUCAGUGAGGUUGGAAAAUAGCUCCCCUUGUGUUCAGGGCCGGUAUUACAGAAUACCCAGUAUGGCACAAGGUCGGUAUGAAAGUAUGGCAAUCUGGAUACUGCCCAAGCCUACAAAAAUGUGUUUUGUUUUGAUUGUUGUUCUCCGGGGUUUGUGUUGGAGUAAUGGUGUGGACAUUACUGUCUUAUGUGGCCAGUUGUUUGCUCUGUGUGUGGUGCCUUUCCUUGACUACAGUGAAGCAGCAGGAGGAGCGCCCCAUAAGGCAGAUCCUGUACCUGGGGAACCUCCUGGAGACCUGCCAUUUCCAGUCCUUCUGGGUAUGUACACAAUACAAUAUCUGUUUGUCUGUCUCUUUGUUUCACCCGCCUUUUGCCCUGCUGAUUUCACUCAACUUUCCAAUCAUUGUUAGAUCAUUUUUGGGAUCCUGACAUGGAGCGGUUACAAACAGAACAUUGAGGUUAAACAUGACUGUACAUUGUGGCUCUAACUGGACAUUGAUGGCUGUACUAAUAGACAACCCCUAUCAUGACUUCAUUACAUCUUUAUGAAAUGUGACAUCCAGUUAUCAUAAUGGUAUGAUUGUAUGGUACUCAUUCCUUUGUGUCUGUCACACAGUCCAGUCUGGAGGAGAACAGGGAAUUCAUUGACGGCAUCACAGGCUUUGAGGACUCAGUGCGCAAGUGUGAGUAGAAUAUUUGGAAAUCAAGUUUAGUUGAUGACUGCAUAAUAUUGCAAUAAAAACGUGAUAAUAGCCUUGUCUAACUGCUGCUCUCUCCACAGUUAUCUGCCAUGUGGUUGGAAUCACAUACCAGAACAUUGAGCAUCGACUUCUGGCUGAGAUGCUGGGUGAUCCCCUUGGUAAGACCAUUCAUUUAAAAUGUAUAUAUUUUGGAGAGUGCUGUCCUAUUGAUUUCCUUUCUUUGUGACUCUACAGUGUUAAUUAUCUGCAAGUCAUAUCUCACUUCACCCUGCUCAUUUGACUUCCUGCUCCCCAUACAGACAUGCAGGUGAAGGUGUGGAUGAGCAAGUACGGGUGGACGGAGAACGAGGAAGGGCAGAUCUUCAUCUUUAACCAGGAGGAGAGCGUCAAGCCCAAGAACAUUGUUGAAAAGAUUGACUUUGAGAGUGAGUGUUUCCUUGUCUUGUGUCCCAGUUUCUGUCUUGUUUGCUGGUAUCCAUUGAAGUUGCUUUGUGUUGUUUGUCUAUAGUCACUUUUAGCAUACAUUUUCAAAGUUCAACUUCUCCUUCCACCCCAUCACCCCUGUCAGUGUAGCUUUAUGUAACCUAAGACUUUUAAUGGAAAGACAAUUUUGUUGACUUUCUUUCCCAUUGUUUUCUCCUGCUCCCUUCUGUCUUCCUCUCCCCCUUUUCUCUCCUGUAUUUUCCUUUGUUUCUGUCCCUCUUUCCACAGGUGUAUCCAGCAUCAUGGCCACAUCUCAGUGAUACCCAGACACAUCUGCACAAACACUCAGAAUGCACAAUAAAAAAAUGUACAGCAGUACAUAUACCUCAAACCAACCUUUCACAAUAAAUGUUAAUUAUCCAUUCAAACUCAGGCCCAAAGUGUCCUGAUCUUUUCUCUGAUUACAUUGAACUAGUCUCUGAUGUUAACCUUAAGUCCAUUCCAGGAAAGGAAUUAUUACCAGAAAUAGGGACUGU